AUGCAGGAAGUGGACCUUUACGGGGACAAGGAGCCAUGGCAGAUUUUCGAGGGCGACAACACCAACACCCAUUACUGCAUUGCGCAGUUGAAGAAAAAGAAGGCGGAUUCGAUAAGAACAGAGCGAAGCGCGGGGAAGGGGAAAUGGAACCCACAAUGCAAAGCGAAGGAGGUGUUUGACCAUAAAGGCAGGCUUAUGGGGUACGUGAAAAGUUUGAAGUACAUACCUCGCACCGCUCACAAAUCAUCGAUCAAGGACGCUUAUGGCGAGUGGUUGAUGACAGAAUACUCUCUGCAUUAUAGUCAGGAUAUUAAGAAGAAGGAUUACGUAAUUUGUAAGAUCAAAAAGAAAAAGGAAAAUGAUAGUGAUAAGCAAAAACGAGUAGCUAACGAUGAUGAGAACAUGAGCGAUAUUGAAGAGUAUAUCGAUUCGGUUUUGAAAGAAGAAGACCUAAAUCAUGACCUAGCAGUGAAUAGUAAACAUGAACUUGCUUUGGCAGGAAGUAUAGAUCUGGAUGCUAUAGACUUCGUCCUGUAG